AUGUCAUGUAAUGAGAUUGUGUGUGCACUAGUGUUUGGCAUCUCCAUCCAUAUUACACCCGCUUAUGGCCGGUCCACGUACGAUGAUGAUUCAAUACCAACGACUGCUUCCUUCACUUCACGUCCAGCCAGUCAGACUUCGACAACUGAAAAAACCACACUGAUUUUGACAACGGGAAUUCAAAACAAUCCCAGUUCGACGACUGAAAAUUAUAUAGUCACUGUAACAACAGCAAUCGAAAACAUUCCGACUUCAACAAGUACAAGUCUCGAGUGGACAACCGGUAUCCGAAACAAUCCGAGUUCGACGACCGAAAAUACCAUAGCAGAAAGGACUACACUCACUGGACCAACAAAUAUUGAUGUUAAAUCAACUGAAACACCUAGAACACCUAACCCCGCGAAUGGUCUUGAUGCAAUAACAACUGUUGGUGUUAUCUUAGGAAUAACAGUCAGCGUGUUGUCUAUCGUCGGUGUUUUCUUUAGUAUUUAUAAAAAAUGUUGUAGCCGCCGUCUGGAGUAUAUGAAACGCUAUAUGAUGUCCUAG